GUGUAUAUAUAGCUAAAACGGGCCGUGGCUUGGUAAGGCGGGAAUAUAUUUCAUCAUACCUCCAUCAUACUCCAUCAUAUCGACUCUUAUCUGAAUCUCAUUCCCCGGACUCAAUCUCACAUCUCACAUCACCUCAACACAAAAAACAUGUCUAAACUCAUCACCGUAUUUGGCGCCACCGGCAACCAGGGCGGCUCCGUCGUCCGGGCCAUCCUCAACGACCCCGCCUUGUCCCGCGAGUUCAAGAUCCGCGGCAUCACUCGCGAUGUCUCCAAGCCCGCUGCCCAGGCCCUGGCCGCCAAGGGCGUUGAGGUUGUAGCUGCCGAUAUGGGAUCCAUUGAGCUGGCCGCCCCCGCCGUCGCCGGCGCUCACACCGUCUUCAUGGUCACCAACUACUGGGAGAACCCUUCCGGAGACGGCGAGAUAGCCCAGGGCAAGGCUGUUACUGACGCUUGCAAGGCUGCCGGCGUCAAGCACCUUAUCUUCUCCUCCCUCAUUAACGUGAGCGAGGUCAGCGGCGGGCGUCUGACGCACAUCCACCACUUCGAUGGAAAGGCCAAGAUUGAGCAGUACAUCCGCGGCAGUGGAGUUCCCGCCACCUUUGUGCUGCCCGGCCUCUUCAUGUCCAACCUGUUUACCAUGAUCCGCAACAACGGAGAGGGAGCUUACAGCCUCAACCUGCCCGUGACCCCCGACAAGGGCCAAGUGCCUCUCUUUAACGCUGGUGGCGAUCUCGGCAAAUUCGUCAACGCUGCCCUCCGACACUACCCUAGCUCUAUUGGCAAGCGCAUUUACGCUGCCACCGAGUACUACACGCCCUCGCGCAUCAUGUCCGAAUUCUCCGAGGUCAUGGGGAAGCCCGCCACCUUCAACCAGAUUUCCGAGGAGGCCUUCAAGACUGGCAGGCCCCCGGCGCUCGCGCAGGAAAUGCUUGAGAACAUGCUGCUUCUCGACGACCCCGGUUACUACGGCGGCGCUGAUUUGAAGGAGAGCUUGGAUCUCUUGACCGAGAAGCCCACUACCUGGAAGGAGUUUGUUGAGACCUACAAGGAAAAGUGGUUGUAAAUGUGCAAGACACACAGCCUAGAUGGCACGGAGUAAAAGAUAUCG